GGAUAGUACUUGGAGGAGAACACAAACAUUAGCAGGAAUGAAGAAAAUUCAUAGAACUGGAUGAUGAUGGGUGGUAGCAUGGAGGAAGAAGAAGCAGAAGACAUGAGUGUUGAAUUAGGAUGUUACGGAGGGAAGGUAAGGCUUUUGGUAGUCGGAGAAUCGGAAUCGGAAUCAGCUGCAGAGGAAACUCUGCUUCUCUGGGGAUUACAGCAACCUACUCUCUCUACUCCAAACGCUUUCGUUUCCCAAUCGUCUCUCCAUCUCAACCUCGACGCUUGCGGCCAAUCCCUCUCCAUUCUUCAGUCCCCUUCUUCACUUGCCGCGCCUGGAGUAACCGGCGCAGUGAUGUGGGACAGUGGAAUGGUGCUCGCCAAGUUUCUGGAGCACGCUGUUGAUUCAGGAUUGCUGUGUCUUCACGACAAGAAAGUUGCGGAGUUGGGCUCUGGCUGCGGUUUAGUAGGGUAAAUAGUACUUUUGUCUUUAUUGCGUAUUAGAUCUUUUUUUUAGGAAAAAAAUGCUGAAAUCAUUUCACCUAUUUAUAUAGCUAUAUUUUACGUAGGGAAUAUGAUCUAUCAUCCGCUUCGAAUUACCAAUAGCCGUAAUCCCAACUGUUUUCCAAGUACAUCAAUCUAAAACUCCCAUGUUUAGAGAAUUCACUAGGAAUAGGAUUGCCUUUCUGGUCUCCCCUCGUAUAGAUUGUUAUUCUGCUU